CCGAUGUACAGCGGGAGAGUUUGGCGGCCCCGCCCGGCGAGUAGCGAGGCGGGACGUGCCCCGGCCCUCGGCGCGGGGAGCGGGCAGCGUAGGGCAGCGCGGCGCGAACACGCCUGGCCCGCGUUGCCCGGGCGGAGGCGGCGACGGUGGCGUGUGGGUCGUGCGGGUAGCGCCCGCGGGAGAUGCGGCUGCGGCUCGGGCAGGUGCUGCCGGCGCUGUGCCUCGGCGCCGCCUUCCCCCUGCUGUGGUACGCGGUGUGGCAGGGGAGCCGAGGAAAUUACUUAGAUAUGUACCAAUACCAGUUGCUGGAACUUCAGCAAAGACUACUGUAUGCUGAAAAGGAAAAUAUAAAAAGAUCACAUGAACUGAGCAGUGCCUUAGAUGAAAUUAAACAUAUAGUUGCAAGAAGAAUGAAUGUGACAAAAAAUCACACAGCCAUGUUUUAUGAUACAACCGAAAUUGAAAGAUUUAUUGUAGUCAAUGGAACUAAACUCCCUUGGACAAUACUUGGAGAUAUCAAGUGGAAAGACUUAAACCUCCCCAGAAAACUCCCCAUGCAUCUUACGAAUAUGUACUACUAUCUCCCUCAUCUUCGAGAAUAUGUAGAUGCAAUUUUCCCAAAUGUUAUUUUUGGGCAACAGAGAACUGGAGUCUCCCUGGUGAUGGGUAUUCCUACUGUGAAAAGGGAAAAACAAAAUUAUCUGAUUGAUACAUUGCAUUCCCUACUGUACCAACUAUCUGAAGAACAAAAGAAGGACUGCAUAAUAAUCAUCUUUAUAGCAGAGGUGAACACAGAGUAUGUUAAGAGUAUUGCAGAAAGUGUUAAAACCAGCUUCCCCAGAGAAGUCCAGUCUGGAGUCCUAGAGGUUAUUUCUCCUCCUGCUUCUUAUUACCCGGAUUUUUCCAACCUGGAGAAAACACUUGGAGAUUCUGAGGACCGAGUAAGGUGGAGAACUAAACAGAAUUUGGAUUAUAGCUUUUUAAUGCUAUAUGCUCAACCUAAGGGAACAUUUUAUUUACAGCUGGAAGAUGAUAUUAUAGCCAAACCUGAUUAUAUUGAAAGUAUAAAAAGCUUCGCUGCUCAACAGUCCCAAGACUGGAUGGUUCUUGAGUUCUCACAACUUGGAUUUAUUGGAAAAUUGUUUAAAUCAGAAGACUUACCAUUCAUUGUGGAUUUUUUUCUCAUGUUCUAUAAGGAUAAGCCCAUAGACUGGCUUAUAGACCACCUGCUGUGGGUUAAAGUGUGCAAUCCAGAAAAAGAUGCAGUAAGUAUAAUUACACACUGUGAAAAGGAAAAGUCAAAGUUACGUAUCCGUGCUAAGCCAUCUCUCUUUCAGCAUAUGGGAAUUUAUUCAUCAUUGUCUGGGAAGAUACAGAUUUUGAAAGAUAAAGAUUUUGGAAAAAAUCUGUUGUAUAAAGCACAUAAUAAUCCACCUGCAAAACUGGAUACAAGCCUAAGAAUAUACCAGCAAUAUACUUUGGAAAAAGUUUAUAAAGGAGAAGACUGUUUUUGGGCUUCAGCUCCAGUGGCAGGUGACUACAUCAGGUUCACAUUUUUAAAUCCACUAGAAGUUGAAAAGUACUUGUUCAGAAGUGGAAACCUGGAGCACCCUGGUGAUAAACUGUUUAACACUACUGUGGAAGUGUUGCCAGCUGAUGAAACACUAAGAAAAGAACUGCAUUACAAUGGAAAUAAAUUUAACUACCCAGCAACCAAAGCUGGAUAUUUAAAAAUAGGGGCCUUUGAAAAUGGCAUUGCAGAAGGAAACAUCAAUAAGUCAAUUGGAAGAAUACAGGCUAUUCGUUUAUCAGUCAGUUCUGAUUCUCCAUUCUGGGCAAUACUGAGUGAGGUACUUAUCAAGACAUCUGAAAACUGAAAAAGAUACAUUUUUGAUGUGUCACUUGUUAUGUAUUGCUUGAAAACAAAGCUGUCUGCAACAAAAAAAAAAGGACUGGGUCAAAAGAUCAGUUCCAUACCCAUUUAACUGUUAAUACUCCGUAUUAGGAAAGAAUUUAGAUAAAUCUUAGGUCUUUAUAUGACAAGGUAUAUGAAAAGAAUGUUAGUAAUUUCUAUAAAAUGUUCUUGAGUAAUAUGUCAUAUAUAAAAAUCUCACCUUAGUUUUGCAACAUUAAAUAGAUACUAUAAACAAUUGAUAAGGCAUUAUAGCCUGCCUCAGGGACUAAAGUAUAAAGGUAUAAAACGUUCCACUAGAAAUAAAAAUACAGACAUUUUUAAAAAAUAUUAAGGACACAGAGUUCAACUCCGUUAAAAACACUAGUCAUUUUUGUAGGGGAGUUAGAACUGAAGGAAAAGUUGUCAAUAUUCAUUGCAAAUAUUUAAAGCAGUUCACAGGAACAACUUAAUUUUAUGAAAAAUCUCAAACUUAAUAUAAAUGUGUUUCAGCCUUAAUGUAGCAUAAGUUAUGUUAAAUAUUUUUAAAAUGAGAAGUGCCUACAAAUUACCAUUCAAAUAACUUGAAACUUAAACAGGUAUUUAGUCAGUGAAUUUUAUUUUAUCAGAGAAUUUUAUUUUAUUUGUGAAUUGUGUAUUGAAAUAAUUACAGAAAAUAAGGGUAUUACGUGUAACUCUAUUUUUGUAGAAAGCAAAUCUAUUUAAGUACCAUUUUGGAUCCUGGAAUUAGAUAAUCAGUCUGUACUGAUACAUCAGUCCUUGUCACAAGUUCAGAUUCAACAUAAAUUUGAAAAUAAAAAGUAAACCACAGUGGUCUCAUUUGAAAAGUUUUUGGGAAAUUACAAUCCACCUUGGACAUCUACCUGUUAAUGAGCAGAACUCUGGUAUCACUUCCUUAGCACAUGAAGUAUGACUGCACCCUCAUUCCCCUGCACAGGCAUUGCAUCCUGACAGCAGGAAAUAAACUGCAAUAUGUGGAUUUGUAUUGAAUGGGUUACAUUAAUGUAGUUGUAUUCCUAGUGCAACAGUGUUUUUCAUUUAGAAUGCGAUAGAAUUAUUUUUUUUACAUUAAAACAGUUCAGAAGAGGGUUUCUUUCAACUUCUCUAAAUUUAUCUUCUAAAUACUUCUCUAGUAGUAUUUUGCUUAGAGAUUUAUUGUUUAUUUAUUUUAUUUUAUUUAGAUUUUUAGGUACAGCUAAAGACAUAGACAUGUGCAUGUAAAUACAUAUAUUGGACUAAAUAUUGCAGCCUUCAUUAGGUUAGGAGUUUAAUGCCAGUUAAGAAUUAGUGCAGUAAUCCAGCAUGCUUAGAAGUAUACUGGGGGACACCUUUGUCCCUCAGCACUUACAGUGCAAACAUAAAACCUUAUUUUGUCAUUGCUUUCACUGCAACAGAUCCACUGUUGGGAGUAGUGGCUGUACUCAGGAUGCCUUACAGUCACUUGUUACAGGGCGGUGUCACUAAGGAGGAAAUUCCAGAGCAGUUAUGUAAAUCAGUGAAAACACAGAAUAUACUAAAAUAAUAGAUUUUGCUACCAAAACACCUUUUUUUCGCAGUGAAAUGAUAUUUCUCUCUAGUUGUUGAAGUGUGCUUUCAGAAAGCUCAUCAGAAUAUUUGAAAUUGUAUUAGGAAAUGACUGGACUUAAAAAAAUAAAUUUUUAAAUGCAAUUUUUUA